CCGGUUAAAUGCGUUCGCUGUUGGAAAAGGGCACUCCGCAAUUUGUAUGCACUUGAUGUGGCGACUUGAGGGUAAGUUAUCGGGCAUUUCGCCAUGAGUAUAUAAAGUCGGCGACCUGCGCUGGCCGGCUCACCUGCGCUGUGUCAACGCUGGAUGAGACUCUGUACAUAGGUUCCAUCAGACCCUGAGACAUAUGUCAUAAUGGCGAGAUUCGGGCUUUUAUUGAGCUCGCUGGCGCUAUCGUUUCACGUAGUCCAGGGCUUACGUCCCCGACAGGAAGCCAAUGCCACCAUAACUACUGGCCCAGUGACAUUCCCUGCCAUCAGUACAUCAUCGCAGUCUUUCAACGUCUCUGCCACGCCGACGGCAACAAGGAAGAACGAUGACUUCUCAGACGAUGCCUUGGCGGUACUCUGGGAACAGGUUGGACCCAUCGCUACGGGCCCCAUCAACUCGACUGUUUCACCUACACCUGAGCCCACGAGUUACCUGCAACCGGGCAUUUUUCACCCCUUGGUUCCUUCGUACAACCGAGAGCUAGCCGAUCUGAAGCUCCCCGAAGGCUUCUCAUGGGGAGUGGCAUCGUCGUCGUACCAAAUUGAGGGAGCUGCCAAGGAUGAAGGCAAAGGGCCUUCGAUAUGGGACCUCCUAUCGCACCGAAUCCCGGGCCUUAUUGCCGACAACUCAACGGGCGACGUCGUGGGUUCUCACUACUGGCUGUACAAGCAGGACAUAGCUCGUCUAGCAAACCUAGGCAUCCCUCGUUUCAGCCCCAGCAUAAGCUGGCCGCGUAUCUUUCCCUUUGGCAAGGGACCCGUCAACGCAGCCGGCGUGGCCCACUACGACGACGUAAUAAAGACGCUCGUCGAAGCCCACGUAAAACCCUCAGUAACCCUCUUCCAUUGGGAAACCCCCUUAGCGCUCUUCAACGAGUACGGAGCAUGGAACCACCCCCAAAUCGUAGACGACUACGUCGCGUACGCCCAAUUCGUCAUCUCCCGCUACGACGAGUACGUCGACGAAUGGUUCACCAUCAACGAGCCCCAGCACUGCAACUGGCAGUUCUCGACUUACCCAGCGGGGGAGUAUUAUCCCGCCUACGACGGCAUCACGGGUGGCAUCCAAUCCCGCUACCUCUGCGGACAUCACACCCUCCUUGCGCACGCGAAGGUGGCCAAGUGGUACCAUGAUGAGUUUCAUGGCCGAGGCCGCAUCACGUUCAAGAAUAGCGGCAAUUACUUCGAGCCCAACACCACGUCGGAGGGAGACCUCGAUGCCGCGCAGCGGCAGUACGACUUUGUCCUCGGCUGGUUCGGCGGGCCCUGGGCCGAGGACGGGGAUUAUCCCCAGAGUUUGAAGGAUACCCUGGGCGACCUGCUGCCGGCGUUUACGGACGAGGAGAAGGAGCUCAUUAAGGGGUCGUGCGACUUCUACGCUAUUGAUCCGUAUACCUCGUACACAGCCUACGAGAUCGACGGCGGUUCCGCGGCUUGCGCGGCGAAUCAGUCAAAUCCGGCGUGGCCUGAGUGCGCGGGGAGUGUGUCGCUCGAGGGAAACGGGUUUCCUAUUGGGCCGGCGGGUGAUCAGGGCGUUAGUUGGUUGUACGAUACUCCGACAGGGGUGAGGAGGUUUCUGUCCAAGAUUACGAAGGAGUUGUUUCCUAGUGUGCCGGAUAUCGUGGUAACGGAGUUUGGGUUCGCGGAGCCGUUCGAGGGCGAGUUGGAUAGUUUGCAGACUAUCUUGUGGGAUUUGAGGAGGGCGGAUUAUUACCAGAGUUAUUUGGACAACAUUCUGGCGGCUAUUUAUAAUGAUGGGGUGAAUGUUACGGGGGCUUGGGGGUGGGCUAUUUUUGACAACUUCGAGUGGUUCGCCGGGAGUAAGGUCCGCUUUGGGUUGCAGUACGUCAAUUAUACCAGCUUGGAACGGACGCCCAAGGCGAGUAUGUUCCAAUUUCUGAACUGGUUCAAGGAGCAUGAAUGAAGCCGAGCGGUGGAAUGAGAUCAGAUGGUUUGGAGAAACCCUAACGCCGCCCUAUGCCAAUUACACAUCGGUGUUUGAGUAGGAGCUUGAUACAAUUUAGUCAAACCCCGUUGGGUGUUGACCGUACGAGGGUAGCAUCUUCUCGAGCCUGAGUUCAGAGUGCAAGUGGUGUUAGCGCCUUACGGACGUCGUUAAAAGCGACGAGGCUAUCAGUAGCAUGUUGUCUUCUAUGCUCUACCAGCGAGCACUUGGGCUCCUAGGGGAACAUGAUCGAGGAUUUUGAGAAUUAGUUUGCAACAGAACGGCGGCGGUCCAUCCCAUCCCUGAGGUCGAUCAGAGAAAUCAAUAGAGUUGCACAAUGCUUUAGUGGGUCUGCAUCGACGACUUGCGGUAGCGUCUGAGAGCAAUUGACUCCAGCUCGAUGGCGGGAUAAUGAUUCAACCGUUUCGAAAAUUU